CGACAACAUCGGCAGCAUCGACAGCACCUAGUUCUCGUCUUUUGUCUCUCCUUUUGUACCAUCUAAAUCCUAUCCCAACUGGUUGGCCUCGACCAGCACAACAUUCGCUACAAGGCCGAGCGCGCUUUGUUUACUCGGCAUCUUGAACGAACGAGUUGGAUGAAGUACAAACAGGAUACUUUCUGACAAUGGCUCACCCAAAUCCAGGAGCAUCCUCAAUCUCGGUGACUGUUCGUGUUCGACCUUUCACAAUUCGAGAAGCAGCACAAAUCACAAAGAAUGAUGAGGGAACACUCUUUCUCGGCGACGGCUCGCUCGCAGGAGUCCCUACUCCAAAGUUGGGCAACAAAGGUAUCCGGCCUGUCAUAAAGGUGGUGGAUGACAAGUGCCUAAUCUUCGACCCUCCUGAGGAUAAUCCGGUCCAAAAGUUUUCUCGAGCAGUUGUUUCUAAUAUGGGCAAGAGAGUUAAAGAUCAGACAUUCGGCUUCGAUAGAGUCUUCGACGAGAACACAACCCAGGCCGAAGUAUACGAGGCUACAACAAGAGGUUUGCUAGAUAGCGUUCUCGAUGGAUAUAAUGCGACAGUAUUUGCGUACGGUGCAACUGGUUGUGGAAAAACUCAUACAAUCACGGGGACUGCGCAACAACCCGGUAUCAUUUUCUUAACUAUGCAAGAGUUAUUCGAGAAGAUCGGCGAAAGAAGCGAUGAGAAGCAUACCGAAGUUUCUCUCUCAUACCUCGAAAUAUACAACGAGACGAUUCGGGAUUUAUUGGUUCCUGGUGGCAGCAAACAGGGAUUAAUGCUGCGUGAAGACGCAAAUCAAACCGUUUCCGUGGCGGGGCUCUCAAGCCACCACCCUCGAGACGUCCAAGAGGUCAUGGAUAUGAUCGUCAAAGGCAAUGAAUACCGCACAAUCUCCCCGACGGAGGCCAACGCCACUUCAUCUCGAUCACACGCCGUUCUUCAAAUCAACGUUGCACAGAAGGAGCGAAAUGCGGCUGUGAACGAACCACACACAAUGGCAACUUUGAGCAUUAUCGAUCUAGCAGGCAGCGAACGUGCAAGCGCUACAAAGAAUCGUGGAGAGCGAUUGAUUGAAGGUGCGAAUAUCAACAAGUCUCUCCUGGCUCUUGGAAGUUGUAUCAACGCGCUUUGCGAUCCCCGAAAGAAGAACCACGUACCAUACCGCAAUUCAAAACUUACUCGACUCCUGAAAUUCUCGCUGGGCGGAAAUUGCAAGACAGUCAUGAUUGUCUGUGUCAGUCCUUCAAGUGCACACUUCGAUGAGACACAAAAUACUCUACGAUAUGCAAACCGAGCCAAGAAUAUCCAGACCAAAGUCACACGAAAUGUGUAUAAUGUAAACCGACAUGUUAAGGAUUUCUUGGUGAAGAUUGACGAGCAGAUGGCUUUGAUUAACGAGCUUAAGGCGCAGCAAAAGGAUUCAGAAGCCGUGGCAUUUGUAAAGUUUAGGAAGCAGAACGACAAACGAGAGAACAUCGCAAGGGAAGGUGUCAUGCGUCUCCGAGCAGCAUUUGAUAACUCGGCGCCUGAACGACAAGAGAAGGUCAAUAGUAUGAAGAAGCUCCGGCAAAUCGAGCGUCGCAUUGCUACCUUAUCCGCGUGGAUUGCGGCUUUCGAUGGCGUAUGUGAGUCACGAGAUGAAUAUGACAUGUACCCAAGUCUGGUUGCUAUGCGAAAAACGGCUCAAGGAAUCUUGUUGGAACUCGAGAACAGCAGACAACAUUAUCACCAGAGACUAGACAAGAUCAAUUGGGAGCGGGCUGUCGAUUCAGCUUUACAAAACAGCAUUCGGCAACUUACUGAAGUCGAUGGGUCUAGCGAUGGUCUUGACGUGGCUAGCUUGACCCGCGAGGCCGAGCUGUUGAAGGCCAACGCUGGAAGAGAGGCUAUGCUAGAGGUUCUGGAGCAAGAAAAAGGUGGUGAUGCGGGCAUUAUGCAAGUGCUGCUCUCAGCCCAAUUCGAGCUGAUGUCUUCGCUCAAUGAGAUCCUCAGCAUGGGCGAAGAAGAAGCUGUUCAACAUGCUAAGAAGGUUCUGGGUAAACUAUUACAGACCUGCUCCGAGGCGGCAGCCCAAGUGGUCAAGCCGGACGGGUCAUUAAAAGUGACGGAAUCACUUCCUCCACUCAAACGUGGCACCCCGAAGCGCAAGAAGCAGGCGGCUGCCAUCGAUGGCCAUUCGCGGCCUGUUCCACCUAUGGCAACUCUCGCCAUGGCUCCACAGGUUUUCUCCUCUCCUAUGAAGUCCUCGCCGAGACGUCGAAAGGCAGCAUUGGGAAAGAAGGGGGUGUCUUUUACACCCAAGAAGAAAUCCCCUUCCAAACGAAGCGUUCGAUGGCGGGACGACACCGAAUCUGGAAAGCUGGCAGAAUUUGAGAAGACUCCUCAGAAGAUACAAUCCACACCCGAGGUUUCAUCAGUGGAGCGCACCAUCGUGCCGCCCCCUCUACCACCAUACUUGGCUGAAGAUACCUCGAAUGACUCCCUAGGCUCUUCACCUAUACCUGCCGCGCCAGAACCUUCAAUAGAUAUUAAGCCGAAAGCGAAUCGAUUCCAAGCCGGCUUUCUCUCGAAGAAGGCACAUGUUGGAUCUCCACCACCCCCUACCAUCACAAAUUUAUCUUCAUCCGACACCGACCUGUCCCCGCUCCGUACAAUCGAUCCGGGAAAACUUACGAACCGCUCUUCAUUGAACGUAAUGCAAACCGCUGACAAUGACAACACUACCACCGAUAGUGGUAACAACUCCUCUUCAGAGGGCGAGAACUGGCGAGUGGAUCGAUCUGAGGGUGCAAGUAUCAGCCGCGCAUUGAAGCGCAGUGGAUCUUUGUCACGUCAAUCAAAGCAUGGCCAUUCAAUGUCCGAUUCAGCCAGAACUCAUCGACGCCGAAGCCCAACAGCAGCGACUAUGGCUGGCUCACCUCCAAAUGAAAAUAACCUUUUCACGGCUGGUCAUGCAAGACGUAUGGUUAAUACCCAAAAGGAAACUACGUUUUCAACCAGUGUCUUGAGUCCCCGAAGUAACCCUGUGACAAAAAGCACUAGUCGCCGCACGACGAUUGGAGAAGGACGACAAGCAAGCGGUAUGGGCAGCCACGCAAUCCGCCUUAACGGCACGGUUGGCAGCGCACCGAAAGUGAGGGAAAGCGUAGCAGGUGUUGUCGGCAAAGGAGGUUGGCGAUGAACCAACCUUUAGAGCCCGAGAUUCACAUGUUUUGUUGUAUUAGUACAGUUGGCCGAUGUUGGUGGUGUUGGUGUUUUAAGGGGUUGGAAACUCAACCAAUUGCAUGAGCGCGAUUCCAAGCAUAAUGAUAAUGACUCCUAUGUUUCUUGUUUUCAAUUUCAUAGGUAAAGACGGCGUCCAGAUUGGAGUUUUCGAUAGCGUUGUUAUCUGUAGGGAGGGUGUUUUUUUCAAGACUCGGAGGGGCAAGUUUGCAUUAUUGGCUAAGUCAACAGAUCAUCUUCAC